AUGGAGUGCAAGUGGCGCCCCCAACAACGUUCAGGAGCUCAAAGGAGGCAAGCAUCUACUACAGGAACGCUUGCACAGUCCCUUGAGCAAAGUUUGUCGCCGACGGAUACGUCACCAGGAACAUCUGUGUUCCAAUCAGGUCAUGCAGUAGACGAAGUGUUUGAUUAUGCAAGUUUCAUGUGGGAUUAUGGAGACUUUUGGCAACAAGCUUCACCUGAAAUGCACCAGAACCAGGGGCUGGAAACACCCAUGCCGGCUACUCAAUCACAGGUUGCAUUUCCGGACAGAACGACAUUUGUAACACCGUUACAGGCGCCUUCAAUAACACACAGCAAUGAUAGUCGGGCGACUGAUACUAGAGAUGGAAGCGAGAGGUUGAUGGAGUUCUUUGCCAGCUCAGUCAACCCUCCUAUUAUUGCCGAGGUCGAGACUCAGAAGAAAUGGAUUUCCAUGCGACAAAUCGUCAUCGGGAUGGCCAACGUCUCCCCCAUGGCCCGACACGCAAUUUUGGCUUUUUCGAAUCUAUUACUUUCCAGGAAAGACGGCAACUGGACUAUGAGCGACGAUGAUCAUUACCAGCGUGGCGUUGCCGAAGUUGCAAGCCAUGAUGGCACGCCUAUGUCUGAACACAGCCGUGAACGCGAGCAUCUCCUCGCAGCCUUAUUCUUUCUCAGCUAUAUCGAUAUACUGGAGAGUCGUCUCGAGGCCGCUCAUUCGAACCUAAAGCGUGCCUACACUCUUUUCCAGGCGAGUAACAAGCACGGCUUGACGCAAGUGGAGAAGCAAUUGCUUCUUUGGAUACGGCUCCUCGAUGGACGGGCAGUAUCUGCAGGAGGCGAUGGUCUGUUUCUCACAAAAGAUGACGAGGUCCUUUUAGUGGAAGCAUCACCGGCAAGUUUCGAUGGGGAACCCGACGACAUGUCAAAGAACGACCCUGCGGAAGAUAUCGAGGAUGUACUAUUCCAGGUUUUGUAUCAGCCUGGUGUUGUGUUUUACCAAAAAGUCCAGAGUUUUAUGGGAAGAAUCUCCAAGAUUGAUCCAUGGCAUCGAUCGCGCGGUACGGUUGAGGACGAAAUCGAGGUUAUGAACAUCGGCACUGUAAUAGCGGCCGAUUUACGCACUUUGUACGAACAUCGACCACCGCUGAUGGACUAUGCUGUAGCAGGCAAGUUGACGCAGCCUCACGUCUCGAAACACCUGGCAUUUGUCAUCACCAGAGCCUUCCGAACAUACCUUUCGAACUAUUAUGCCAGCAAAGUGCAUCUCCAUCGCGUUGCCUACAAGAGUCUGCCUCUAACGAAAGAGGCGUCUGAAGCUUUGGACCAAAUCCGGAAGCUCGCCCGGCAGAUUGUGGCAGACUUGGAUGUCGAUGAUACACUCCCCAUCAAUAUGCUAUGGCCUCUUCUGAUGUUGGGUGUAGAAGAGCAAGACGCUAGCGAAAAGGCAUGGAUUAAAACACAAAUUCUCAGAAUGGAGAAAGUUGCUGGCAACGCACGUAUCACGGCGCAAGUACUGGAGGAAGUCCAGGCCCGGCAAGACGCGGCCAAAGCACGCAUGGAUAUUCGGUCUGUGAUGCAUGAGGUAUUCAACUCAAGCUUUGCAAUCGUCUAA